CCAAACGACGCCGCGGCGCUGCCCGCAGCCUCAAAACCUCUUCCUCCCUCCUCCGCAUCGCCCCGUCGCCUUCCCCGGCUCACCCCCUCAACCACCUUCCCAGCAUCGCGGCCAGUUUUGGGGCUGGGGGGGGGGGGGGGGGUUGCAGCGCCUUUACUGGGAGCACUGGGUCAGGCUGGGAUGUCUGGGAGCGGGGAGAUCGGCAGAGCUGGGGGGGGGGGGGGUGGUCAUUACCCCAACGGGGCAGCCCUCAGAGCUGCUUUUAGACCCAUUUAACAGAUGGGGAAACUGAGGCACGGCCGGAGGCUGCCUGCGGCGGGGCUGCCCGGCGUGCGGCGAUGCUGGGGGCGUACGGCGGCUGCCCUUUAUGGUAAGUUCACAGACGCAGGAAGCCGAAGCCCGCGCCGGGUUGAGCGUAGGAAACAGAAGAACUCGACCGCGCGUCACACGCCGAGACGACACGACCCGGCGUGACGGCAGCGCUGCGGUGGGCCAAGGGUGUGCAGCCGGGACGGGACCCCCCCGGAGCUGCGGGGCAGAGGGGGGGACGGUGGCGGAGGGGCAACGCGGGAGGAUGCCGGUGGCUGGAAGAUGGAGGAGGCGGUGGUGAAGCAGGGUGUGCUCUACCUCCAGCUGCAGCAGACCUUCGGGAAGAAAUGGAGGAAGUUCUGGGGUGUCUUAUACCGGGAAAGCUCCUGUUCCACCGCCCGCCUGGAGCUCUUCGAGGGCUCGGCACCGCCGGCCGCCGAGAAGCUGCGGAAAGGCGAGGGCAGCAAGCGGCUGGUCAAGCUGAGCGACUGCGUGCACGUGGCGGAGGCGAGCGGCGAUGCCGGCUGCCCCAAGGAGACCGUCCCUUUCCUGCUGGAGACCACCGACAAGCGGUACCUCCUGGCUGCCGACGGCACCGAGGCGGCCGACUGGAUCCAGAAGCUCUGCGGGCUGGCCUUCCCGAGGAGCAGGGAGGAGCAGGCGGCAGGCAAGGAUGGUCAGCAGAGCUCGCUGGGCACCGACGGCGAGUUCUCCAUGGAGGAAAACUCCCUCUACAGCUCCCGAGGCAAAGCCGGCUUGGAGCAGGCGUUCGAGGUGACGGUGAGGGCCACCAAGUCCUCCGAGCGCUGCCGGCUCUGGGGCCGGUGCAUCCUGCGAGCCGGCGAGGAGGCACUGGAGCUGCAGCAUUUCCAGACCUUGGAGAUCCUCUACAGCUGGCCCUACCACUUCUUGCGACGCUUCGGACGGGAUAAGGUGACCUUCUCCUUCGAGGCCGGCCGGCGCUGCGCAUCCGGAGAAGGCAACUUUGAGUUUGAGACCAGGCAAGGCAACGAGAUCUUCCAGGCGAUCGAGUCGGCCAUCAACAGGCAUCGGUGCCGGGGGGCCGAGGAGCCGCGGCGGGGCGGCCCCGGGGACGAUGCCUCCCGGCCGCUCGGCCACGCCAAGAUGCCCAGCUGGGCGCAGGGGCACGAGGAGCCCGGCGGCACCAAGUCCUCCUCGCUGGAGCCCACCUGGGAGGGGAAGGUGCCAAAAGCCAAGCUGGGGAUGUCCCCCAGCAGCUGCUCUGGGGCCGGGGAGCCGUUGGGUGCCUUCCUGCCCUCCCGCGGUGCUGACUGCUCCUACGCCGAGCCCUGCAACUCCCUCCGCCGGGGGAACCCCCCGGUGUCGGAGAAGAACUGGAGGCAGGAUGCUCCUGCCAAGGAGGCCGCCGAAUCCGAGUACGCCAUCCCUUUCGACACCAUCGCCAAGACCUUCGUGGCUCGCAAGUUCGGCAAGCUGGUCCAUCACCCCGGGGAGGUCCCCGAUCCUUUCUACGACAGCAUCAGGGAGGCAGGGGGGCAAGUGGGCAAGCAGCCCCCGCGGCUCCCCACCGUCGCCAAACCCGACCACAUCUACGACGAGCCCGAGGGUCUGUCCACCCACAUCGUCUACGACGAGCCCGAGGAGGUGAAGGGGGAGGCGUGGAGGCUGCAGGCGGCCCCAGAGGAGCCCACCGGGCACGAGUACCCCUGCUACAACCCGCAGCAGGAUGACUACGCCGUGCCCAAGAGACCCGUCCCUCUCCGGCAACCCUUCCUCCUGCAGGGCAAGGAGUGGCUGGGGGACACCGAGUACGACAACGUGGCCCUCAAAUUUGCAAAGAAGAGGAACCUGCAGUGAAUGGGAUGGGGAAGGAGAAGAGAAAACCCUCCCUCCGCGGCUGGCGGAUCUCCCCCCCGUCCCCCCCCCUAGCAGAGCUGAGACCCCCCCCCGCCCCCAGCUCAGCGCACCCAUGGCUGGAGGAGACGGAGCGAAGCUCUCCCCUCCAUCCCGAGCAUCCCUCCGGAGCGGCGGGGCAAACAUCUGUCCAGCUGCGGGACCGGCAGCCGGGAUGCGCCCGCUGGAGGGCACUGUGGGCCCGCCGGACGGGCAGGGCAGGGCGGGCAGCGGCAGGCAGCGGUCGGGCAGGGGUCGUGUCCGUGUCCCCGUCCCCCCGCAGCCCCCAUCCGCUCGCACCCCGCAGCUUCAGGGUCAGCACCUUGCAGCCUGCUCCUGCGGAACAGACGCCAAGCCCCCCUGCUCCUCACCCGGUCAAACUACGGGAACCUCAGCUUUGCAGGCUGCGGAACCCUCACGCGCAUCCCUAGGGAUGCGCGUCCCUAGGGAUGCGCGUCCCCACAUCCCUAGGGAUGCACGUCCCACACCGUGAGGGCAGCUGGAUAAUGCACAGCCCCGGGAUGCCGAGCCCAUGCUGCUUGGCGAUGCACAUCCCCGGGGAUGCACAGCCCAUACCGUGGAUGCAGCCGGAUGAUGCUCAGCCCCGGGAUGCUCAGCCCACGCUGCAAGGGCCGGCUGGCGAUGCACACCCCACACCUCAAAGGCAAGCGGACGACGCACGGCUCGCACAGCAAACACACCCCACCUGCAGAUUUCUCUUUGCCCGCUCAGCCCUUGCCGAAUUGGCACCGUGGCCACACGCAGCCCCCAGCCCCCCCGCCCCGCGACGUCCCUCUUCUCAGUCCCCGCCACCAGCCAGCGUUGUGGCCAGGGCUGGGCACCGUGCCUGUCCGAAGGUCAUGCCACAUCCUCGCUCAGCAAGAACAGUGGCAUAAAUUUCUACUGUCUCAGCCGUGUUUUUAUUUUUAAUUUUUUUUUUUUUUUAGAAAACCACUUUCCAGCUCCUCUGAAUUAUAGAUGAAAUACUCAGCUUUAUUGUCAUGGUGAUUUUCGUGGCUGGCUCCUCUCCUCCCAGUACAACGAGACCAGUAUGCAGCCUGACACAGCCUGACUCGCUCUGGGUCAGCCUGCUCCUCCUCCUCCUCCUCCCAGCCACCUCCAGCCCUGCACAGCCCUUGCUAGGGCACAUCCAGCCCCUCAGCUGGGCACGGCGAGAGGCACCAGCCCCAAUUCCCCAUCGGCUGAUGGUCCCCCGGCACAGAACGGUCUCCCUGGGCUGCCCCGGGGCUCCGUCGGUGCCCAUCACCCCACACAGGCCAUCUUCGGUGCACACCGGCUCUGUCACCGCGACGGAGGGACCUUGGGAGCUGCUGCCGGUCCCCCACCACCCCAGCAGGUCUGCCACCAAAGGCAAAGAAAAGGCAUGAAUUAUUUAUAGUCUUUCAAUCAAAUAAAUGCUUAGGUGCUUGAGUUAA